AUGCCUCCGGCCGUGCCACAGAAGCUCUCGCCGGCGCAACACCUUCCCUGCUUCGCCUCUCCACCUUUUUCUAUCCGACUGGCGCGGGAGAAGGCCCCCAGGAGAAGCCUCGGGAGGGCAGCGAGGUUCUCAUGCAAUGGCCGGUCGCCGCCGUGCCGGACCGGUGGCGCCGCCGUGCAGGCCGGAUAUUCCGGUGAGACUCCGCCUUCUUCUUCCCUUUCAGUGGAGCAGUGGCUCGCCGACGACCGCCGGCUGCCGUCCAUGAUUCAGUCCUGUUCCGAUGAGAGAGAAGUGAGGAGGAUCCACUCCCUGGUAGUCAAGCUUCUCGGAAGUUCUGUGGCUUUCUUGGACAACAAUCUUAUCUGCGCUUACCUGAGAUUCGGGAACAUUACCGAGGCCAGGAAGCUAUUCGACAAAAUGCUCCAUAGAACAGUCGUCUCGUGGACAGCCAUCCUCAACGGUUAUCAGCAAUUGGGAGAUGAAGCGGAGUUCGCUCUCCUCUGUAUGGAGAUGAUAGAGAGCGGCGUUGAGGCCAACAGUCUGACCUACGUUUGCAUCCUGAACUUCUGCAGCAAGGUCUUGGAUUGCGAGUUGGGGAAGCUCGUCCAUGCCUCCAUCAUCAAAGGUAAGUGGAGAAAUUUGAUUGUGGACAGCGCCUUGCUGUAUUUCUACGUCCAGUGCGGUGAUCUCGCCAGUGCAUCUGCGUUGUUCGAUAGAAUGCCGCAGCGGGAUGUUGUCUGCUGGACGACGAUGAUCACGGCUUACGCUCAACAUGGGGAGGGCACCAAGGCCUUCUCUAUGUUCUCACAGAUGCAACAUCGUGCCUUUCUCCCCAACGAGUUCACUGUGGCUAGCAUUCUGAAGGCCUGUGGAGAAGAGAGGACCUUGAAGCUGGGUAGACAGCUGCACGGUGCUGUGGUGAAGGGAAUGUUCAUGGAGGAUGUGUUCGUCGGGAGCUCCCUUGUGUUCAUGUAUGCCAAAUGCGGCGAGGUCUUGGAUGCCAAGGUAGUGUUUGAUCAAAUGCCAAGCAGGAACACCGUGACUUGGACGUCCAUGAUCGCAGGGUACGCCCAAAAUGGCUUCGCAGAGGAGGCAGUAAACUUAUUCCGGAAGAUGAAAAACCGGCGUAUUUCUGGUAAUAAUCUGACGGUUGUCAGUGUUCUUGGUGCGCUCGGGUCGAUGAGGUCGCUCCUCCUGGGGAAGGAGAUCCAUGGGCUUACACUGAAAUGGUCCAACCAGAGCAGCGUUCACAUCAGCAGCACUCUCAUAUGGUUUUAUUGCCAAUGCGGCGAGUACGACUACGCCAGUAGGGUGUUGGAAACAUUGCCGACAAAGGAUGUGAUCCCAUGGACGGCGAUGAUCACGGGCUACACCAACCAUGGGUACGGCUUUGAGGCCCUUGUUUUCUUAAACCAGAUGCUAUUGGAGGGCAUCAAGCCGAACCCAUUUACGUACUCUUCGGCUCUGAAAGCAUGCGCCCGGUUAGAGGACGUGGGUCAGGGAAAGCGGAUCCAUGCGGCCGCAAAUAAGACUCGUCAUCUGCUUAAUUUGUUCGUGGGCAACUCUCUCAUCAGCCUGUACAUGAAGUGUGGGUUCCCUGAGGAUGCUGUUAAAAUCUUUGACAUGAUGCCAGAGCGCAAUUGUGUCUCAUGGAAGGCGAUGGUUACAGGAUAUGCGAAGAAUGGGCUCUGCAAAGAGGCUCUCAGGCUCAUGUUCCACAUGCAGGCAGAAGGUUUUGAUGUGGAUGACUACAUCCAUUCAACUGUUCUUACAUCUUGCGGUGAUUGCCCAUGCGAAUUGCAUUCUGAAUCCAGUUAUUUGCCUUGUAGAUGA